UGGUGAAGCAGGAGCCCAAGGAAGAGGCAGCAGCAGUGGCACAGUGUGAGGUGGAUGGAGAUGAGACAGCAAAACCAGAGGCCAAUGGGGACCCUGGGGACAGCCAAGCCAACAGCCUGCUGGCCCAGGGUGGGCGCUCCGAGGCUGGGCACCUGCUGCUGCAGAAGCUGCUGCGCGCCAAGAACGUGCAGCUCUCAGCUCAGAGCCCAGGCGAGCUCAACGGGCACAUGGAGAACCGGAGCGCUGGGACAGAAGCACGGCCACAGUCGCUGCUGCUGGGCCGGGAGGACCCCUCCAUUGCCAGGAAGCCAGCGCCCACCAAGCCUAAGCGGGUACAGAAAGGCAACGAGCGGAUGCCGGCGUCCCGCAAGAAGCUGCGCAAGGAUGAGGGGCUGCGUCCUGGCGAGGCCCUCAUGAAGCAGCUGAAGCAGGAGCUGUCGCUGCUGCCCCUGACUGAGCCGACCAUCAUGGCCAACUUCAGCCUCUUCGCGCCCUUCGGCAGCAGCCCCAUCAACGGGAAGAGCCAGCUGAGGGGCGCCUUCGGCAGCGCUGUGCUGGACAGCGUCCCUGACUACUACUCCCAGCUGCUCACCAAGAACAACCUCAGCAACCCACCCACGCCACCCUCCUCGCUGCCCCCCACACCCCCUCCCUCCGUGCAGCAGAAGAUGGUGAACGGUGUCACGGCCCCUGAAGAGCUGGGGGAGCAGCCCAAGGAUGCCGACCCAGCCCGUGAGCCCCACGGCCAGAAAGAUGCACCAGCUGUGGAGGUGAAGAGCCUGGACCUGCUGGCAGCACUGCCCACCCCUCCACACAACCAGACCGAGGAUGUCAGGAUGGAGAGCGAUGAUGAGAGCGACUCCCCCGACAGCAUCGUCCCUGCUUCAUCCCCCGAGAGUGUCCUGGGCGAGGAGCUGCUCCGCUUCCCCCUGCUCAGCGAGGCCAAGCCAGAGCUGGAGGAGCGUGUGCUGUCCCCCAUCAUCCCCAUCAUCCCCCGGGCCAGCAUCCCAGUGUUCCCCGACACAAAACCCUACGAGGUCGCAGAGCCCUUUGGGGCUCCUCCAGGCAAGGUGGGGGCAGCAGGCCCUGGAGCCCCAUGGGAGAAGGGCAAGAGCAGCGAGGUGUCCGUCAUGCUGACGGUGUCUGCAGCGGCUGCCAAGAACCUCAAUGGGGUGAUGGUGGCCAUGGCUGAGCUGCUGAGCAUGAAGAUCCCCAGCUCCUACGAGGUGCUGUUCCCCGACGGCCCUGUGCGAGCAGCUGUGGUGGAGGCCAAGAAGGUGGAGACUGAUAUGGCCGGAAUGCUCGGAGGGAAGGAGAAGGCUCUGGCUGGGAAGGUGCCGGACAGCAGCUCGGAGUGGCUGAAGCAGUUUGAUGCAGUGCUGCCAGGGUACAGCCUCAAGGGCGAGCUGGACCUCCUGACGCUGCUCAGACAGCUGUGGUCCACGGAGGUGUACGAGACUCAGGGAGGGGCCCUGAUCAACGUGGAGGUGGCUCUGCACCGCGGGCUGCUCACCAAGUGCUCCCUGUGCCAGAAAACCGGCGCCACCAACAGCUGCAACCGCAUCCGCUGCCCCAGCGUGUACCACUUCGCCUGCGCCAUCCGCGCCAAGUGCAUGUUCUUCAAGGACAAGACCAUGCUGUGCCCCCUGCACAAGCUGAAGGGGCCCUGCGAGCAGGAGCUCAGCAGCUUCACCGUGUUCCGCCGCGUCUACAUCGAGCGGGACGAGGUGAAGCAGAUCGCCAGCAUCAUCCAGCGCGGCGAGCGGCUCCACAUGUUCCGCGUGGGCGGCUUGGUCUUCCACGCCAUCGGGCAGCUGCUGCCCCACCAGAUGGCCGAUUUCCACAGCGUCACGGCGCUCUACCCCGUGGGCUACGAGGCCACGCGCAUCUACUGGAGCCUGCGCACCAACAACCGCCGCUGCUGCUACCGCUGCACCAUCUGCGAGAACAACGGGCGCCCCGAGUUCGUCGUGCAGGUCAUCGAGCAGGGCUUGGAGGAUCUUGUCUUCUCUGACUCCUCGCCACAAGCUGUGUGGAACCGGAUCAUCGAGCCAGUGGCGAUGAUGAGGAAGGAGGCCGACAUGCUGCGACUCUUCCCUGAGUACCUGAAGGGCGAGGAGCUCUUCGGCCUCACGGUGCACGCGGUGCUGCGCAUCGCCGAGUCGCUGCCGGGUGUGGAGAGCUGCCAGAAUUACCUGUUCCGCUAUGGGCGCCAUCCUCUGAUGGAGCUGCCCUUGAUGAUCAAUCCCACUGGCUGUGCCCGCUCCGAGCCCAAGAUCCUCACCCACUACAAGCGGCCCCACACCCUGAACAGCACAAGCAUGUCCAAGGCCUACCAGAGCACGUUCACGGGCGAGACCAACACGCCCUACAGCAAACAGUUUGUGCACUCCAAGUCCUCCCAGUACCGGCGCCUGAAGACGGAGUGGAAGAACAACGUGUACCUGGCACGGUCCCGCAUCCAGGGGCUGGGGCUCUACGCGGCCAAGGACAUCGAGAAGCACACGAUGGUCAUCGAGUACAUCGGCACCAUCAUCCGCAAUGAGGUGGCCAACAGGCGGGAGAAGAUCUAUGAGGAGCAGAACCGCGGCAUUUACAUGUUCCGCAUCAACAACGAGCACGUCAUUGACGCCACGCUGACGGGGGGCCCGGCCAGGUACAUCAACCACUCGUGUGCCCCGAACUGCGUGGCCGAAGUCGUGACCUUCGACAAGGAGGACAAGAUCAUCAUCAUCUCCAGCCGGCGCAUCCCCAAGGGGGAGGAG